AUGUAUCUACCACACCUGCUACCUCUGGCCCUUGCGGCCUAUGUAUCUGCCGAGGCGCUCUCCACCGUGCUCGCGGCGAGCUCUGCUUCGUUAAGCACUCUAUCCAGUCUCCUGACCGGGGUGCCAGAUCUCGUGCAGGCCCUGUCGACGGCGCAGAACAUCACGAUUCUGGCGCCGUCCAACAACGCCUUCACCAAGCUGCUAUCGAGGAACCCCAAGGCGGCCGAACUGAUGCAGAACACGCGCGCCCUCACCGGCGUCCUGCAGUACCACGUCCUGCUCGGCAAGAUCCCCGCCAGCCAGUUCUCCACGACGCCCAGCUUCGCCGCCACCAUGCUCGGCACCCCUUUUGCCAACGUCACGGGUGGACAGCGCGUGGAGCUGGCCAAGGUCAACAACACGGCCAUGAUCUUUUCAGGCUUCAAGCAGCCCGCCAUGGACGUCGAGUUUGACGGCGGCAUCAUCCACAUCAUCGACACGGUGCUCACGGUACCUGCGAGCCCAUCACUAACCGCCAUCAACACGGGGCUCACGUCGCUCGCAGGGGCACUGGCGAGCGUGCAGCUGGACACGGGGGUCAACCAGCUGACGGACGCGACCAUCUUCGCGCCGUCCAACGAGGCGUUCAAGGCGAUCGGCAGCGCGGCUGGGUCGCUGCAGUCGCAGGACGUGGUCAACAUCUUAGCCUACCACGUGCUCGCGCAACAGGUGCGCUUCAGCCCGGACCUGCUGACGGGCUCGCCGCGCUCCUUCAUGACCAUCCAGGGCACCAACCUGACGGUGCGCAGCGAGAACGGCCAGCUGUUUGUCAACUCGGCCCGCGUGCUCGUGGCUGACAUUUUGACCACCAACGGCGUCGUGCACGUCAUCGACAACGUCCUCAACCCAGGCAACACCACGGCGACGCCCGACGCGUCGGCCACGUCACAGGCGCCCGCCUUCUCGGGGGUCACGCCGGUGCUGGACGCGCCGUUCACGUCGGGCGUGGUGCCGACGGCGACGUUUGUGCCGGCGAGCGUGCCGCUGACGGCCGGCUCGGCAGCUCCGGCGACGGCGCCGGGCAUGGCGGGGCUUGUCGUAUGCGCUGUGGGCGCCGCGGCCGUGCUGAUGGCGAGUCUGUAG